UUUAUUUACAGAGGCAUAAUCUGAAAAUGUCUGCUCACUUUUACAGUGUUCCAUUGCUGUUGGAGGCUGCAUUUCUGCUUUAUGGACAGACACAUGGAAAAUGUGUCAUGGAUGAGCAGCACCCCCCGCCCCGCCGUUACCGGCCUCCCCGCCGCCAGGGGGCGCCGCCGCGCCCCGCCCCGGCCGCUGAGCCGCGCGCAGCCCGGGCAGGCGAGGCGGGCGGGCCCGGCGGGAAGAUGGCGCUGUCGCGGGGGCUGCGCUGCUGCCAGCGGGCCUUCGCCUGGCUGCCCGUGCUCAUCAUCGCCCUCGUCGUCCUCUGGUCCUACUACGCCUACGUCUUCGAGCUGUGCCUGGUGACUCUGAGCAACCCUGUGGAAAAAGUGGCCUAUCUUAUAAUAUUCCAUAUUCUCUUUGUGCUCUUUGUGUGGACAUAUUGGAAGUCUAUUUUUACUCUCCCGCUGCAGCCAGGCAAGAAGUACCACAUGUCCUACGCUGACAAGGAACGCUACGAAAAUGAAGAAAGGCCAGAGGUACAGAGGCAAAUUCUGGCCGAGAUGGCCCGGAAGCUGCCGGUGUACACACGGACCGGGAACGGAGGUAUCCGGUUCUGUGAUCGAUGCCAGCUGAUCAAGCCUGAUCGCUGCCACCACUGCUCCGUUUGCGCCAGAUGUGUGCUAAAGAUGGAUCAUCACUGUCCCUGGGUGAAUAACUGCAUUGGAUUUUCUAACUACAAAUUCUUUCUACUGUUCUUAGCCUAUUCUUUGUUGUAUUGCUUGUAUAUUGCUGCAACAGUCUUCAAGUAUUUCAUUAAGUAUUGGACAGGUGAACUGACUAAUGGACGUUCUAAAUUCCAUGUCCUUUUCCUUCUCUUUGUGGCAGUCAUGUUCUUUGUAAGCCUUAUGUUUCUGUUUGGCUACCACUGCUGGCUCGUCAGUAGAAACAGAUCAACCUUAGAGGCUUUCUCAACUCCAGUGUUCCAAAAUGGACCAGAUAAAAAUGGAUUCAAUCUUGGCUUUGUAAAGAAUCUUCAGCAAGUGUUUGGAGAGGAAAAAAGGCUGUGGUUACUACCUGUUGCCUCUAGCCAGGGCGAUGGACAUUUCUUCCCGCUGAGAGCUUUGUCUGAAGCUCAGAAUCCUCUCCUAGCCAAUGAAGAGCAGUGGGAAGAUGAUGGAAUAGAUGAAGACCCUCAUGAUUCUGGUGAAGCUUCAUCCCUUGCCAUAGAAAGGGAGACAUAGCAGUUUGAAAGUGCAGCAGUUUAAAUCUUGUUCAGAAAGCUUCCCUCUCAGGAGUCAACAUUCCUUCUCUUGGUAUGGACUUCAGUUUUGAGGGGCAGAAAAUAAGUGGAUCUUCCAGAUGAGAAAACAUCAUGAAGUAUCAUCUGAUUGGAACCUGUGUUCUAGAGUGUUUCUCCAGAAAUCCUGCUACCCAGAUGUUUCAAGGCUUUAUAAGUUUAAUUUAUGGAGUGAACAGAACAGUUUUAUAGAGUGAUUCUGGCCAAUCUUAUUUGGCUUACUCUGUUUAUUUUAUAAAUAAUAUAUAUUUUUUAUUCAAAAUAAGUAAAAAGUACUGACGUGAGGGCAUUUCCAAAGGCCUUUUCAUGUUGCAAACAUCAGGGACUCAAGUUCUUGAAAUUCUUCCAAGCCAUAAUAUUCUUGGGGAUGGUAUUUAUUUUGAGACUGAUUCUCCAACCUUCUCUGACAAGUGGCAUUUUCUAACGUGUUUAAAGUUCUGUCUGAGUCACUUCAACUCAAGAGAGACAGACCCACUAAAAUUUGGCACUAAAUUAAUAGUUGGGUGUGUGUUGAAAGAAAAAGUGCUGAACAUGCAUAUAUGCAUGUGCAGCUGUGUAUGAAAAUAAACCAUUCACGUUGCUAGUAUCAAGAUUCAAGAAUAUUGUGGCCAUAGAUUUAUUUUUUUUAAUAUUUUUUGUAGGAGGGUGUAAUUGUCUUAAGAGUUUGAGUUACAGUGCCCUUUAAGCCAAAUCCUACUUGCAGACACUUAAAAUGCAAAAGGGAACUUCAGAUAGUACAGUUUGCAUUCAUUCCUAGGGCUAAAUGACACAGUUUGCCUGGUAAUUAGAGUAUUAACAACUCAUUCCUGGAUCAGUGUUUGAUGGGAAUUUGUAUUUGGAGUCAGAAAGAUGUAGAUUUUAAAUACAUGACUUGGAUAUGCCCUGAAAGUUGAGAUCCAGCAGUAUUUUACACUCCACAAGGCUGGUUUUAGUCCCAUGAUGCUGAAGAGACAACUGAUGCACUGAGUAUUUUCAAACUUUUUCCUAAGUAAAUGUAUUGACUGGUGGCUUAAAGGUUUUUCAGCACUAAGGGGUGAUUGUAUUUCUUCUUCCUUUUGCUCCGUUUGCAGUCAAAGGAAUGUGAAUGUAUCACUGUUGUUACUCUCUGCAGUGGAACUGAGAAUUUGCUGGCAGGAUUAAGUUCAUUUUGUUAGACCUGAGUCUUUUUUUUAUCUGCAUGAUUCACACGUGGCAGCUCCCUCCCUCAUGUUUGAUUUAGGUGCAUGCUUGAAGUAUUAGUAUUCUGCCUUUAAAAUAAUUUGUUAACAUUUUCUAUCCUGUUUUUGUGAUUAUCAGAUUAUCAGCCCUUUUGUGUUGACAGUGACUACAGAAGCAGUUGUGCACAUCAUGAGAAGUUACCUGACAAGUACCUGUUUGGUGACAGGCCUUGCCUCCAUAGUCAGUCCUUUGUUCUUCUGUUUACUCUGCUGCUGCUACCACUGGAACUGUGUUUGUGAGACAGAAAAGUCUUGCAGAGAUUCCCUGUCCAUAGGUGUUUACCUGGUGUAAACCAUGUCCUGUGGACAGGCAUUCUAUCCCUCACCCUCUGUAGCUGGGUGCAGAGCAGGCAGCAGCCUCUGUUCAGUGUCCUACUGCUGAAGGUUAGUUGUUAGGGGUCAGGGUGGAUUGUCCCAGGCUUCCUAUAGGUCACUUUCCUCAGAGCUGUUCCUGCUUCAGCCAGGUCUGUUGGACCUUAAGCUGUGUUUGAGGGAUGAUGGCAGUAGAAUGAAUUGCCUCAUUUCUGGCAAAAUGUGUUCUGGAGGGGGAUCUUGUGAGGAGGGUGGCAGAUAAGCACAACAGGAAGUGGAAAGGCAUUUAGCACCAACAGAGGUUCUGUUUGAUGUUUCUAUGGACUUGGGGCAAGUUGUCUCCUUGGCCAGUGAGUCCUGUCCAAGGAAUCAAGACUUCAGUAAGCCUCCCUGCACUGGAAUUUUGUUUUGUCUCGUGCUGAAUUGGUACAGUAUGUUUCUGGGGUAGAGCAGGAUUGCAUUCCUUUCAAGAGGAAGCAGUGCUGUUUGUGUUAGCAGGCUGUGCCUGUGCGGUUCAGUCUGGCACGGAGCAGGCAGCCUUCUCACAGCAUUCCAGCAACCAGUGUUUACUUCCUGGAACAAACCAGAAAUGUGAUUUCACAGAAUCUCUCCUAGCUGUAGAUGUUUAGUUCCGUGUGCUGGUGCGGACUGAAAGCACAAAUUAGUGUUAGUUACCAAACCUGAUGCAUAAAGUCUGUAAGAUAAUAUGAAUGUAAUCUCAGGGGAAAAAAAAAAAGCAAAAAAAAAAAAAAAAUUUCCCUGUUCUUCCCUGAGGUCAGAUACAAAGAGCAACGUGUGAGAUGUAUCCAAGGACCUGCUGCCUCCCACAUGCUCAUUACAGCAGCAGAACCAUUUACUGUUUGCAGAGCUGGCUUGGUCACCAAGGUGUUGAAUUAGCAGGCUAAGGAGGUACUUUUGACCUUGUUUAUUAAGCCAGAAUUAAUUAACUCAAAGGGUCAUGUUUUCAUUCUAGUGACUCCUGUGGUACAAAUUUUUGAAAUUGAUCCAUGGUACUUGAAAAUACCUUGAUUUUAUUGGUAUUUUUCCAUUUCUGUCAGCUUCUGUUUUGUUACAGAACACUUGCAAAACCAAACUUGUUCUGAAACCAUCAGUUAAAGCACUUGUGUGGCAGAGCAGCUUUUUCUCUGUUUCCUUCUCUGGUGAUUAACUUUGAGAGCAAACCCACUGCUGGGCAGUUUUGUUUAUUCUUGUCCUUUUUCUGUCUCCCUUUGAGAGUCUUUCCUCUUCCUCCUGAAUAUAUAGUUUAAAUAUUAUCAGCUUCCAGCUGCUUGUGCUGGUUUUUUGGAUACUGUGAAGGUGAGUAGGUGUCAUUUUAAGCAGUUGUGCCAUGUAUUUUAUUUGUAACUAAUCUUUAUAUUUGUCAGGUAUCAGUUUGUGAUUCUCCUCAUUCCAGCUCAGCUUGCUUUGCUUAGCACAGCUGAGGCAUCCAACUUCCUGCAUUGCUUUUCUCUUUCCUAAAAAUCAUAUUUCUUCAUCUUCUAGCUUCCAUUUGGAAUGUAAACCUUGUGAAAUCAAUCAUCAGUUUCCAUUUCAGGUAUCAGCCUGUAAGUUGGUUCUGCUUUCAUGCUGCUUAAAAUACAUUUUUUUGGUGUGAGGUUUGAAGUUUUACAGCAGCAUUUCUAAAACUUCAGUGGAAAAUUGCCAUUGGUAAAAAAAAAAAAAAGGUAUAAAGUUCUGUUGAGGAAUAAAAAACCAACCAAACAAUAAAUCCACUAAAAAUGGGAUCAUCUUUGCUUUUAAUGUCAAUCAUGCUUUAAAAUAAAUGCCUGCUUGCAUCAAGUGCUGGUAUCAAACAGCUCGUAAAACAUGCAGGUACUUUAGCUGCAGUUUUUCCUGCUGUUUCAGUACUUACUAGGCUUGAACUUCUCUUGAGCUAAACCUUGGGCUGAAUCCCAUGGAAAGCCUGGAAACAAAAACAUUGUCCUCCUUACCUCCUUUAGAAACUGAGGAAAGUGUGUGCUGCACCUGCCAAGACCAGCACUUCCCUUUGUAAGAUAAAUUAAAAUCCAAUGGAUUCUUGAAAGUGUUGGUGUAUUUUUUUUUUUCCCCUGCCUUUUUCUGGAGGAUGCAGGACCCUCGAGGAUGUGUAAGAGAGAGAAAUCCCUCAUACCAGCAUCUGGUGUCCUGGUGAUGUCAGGAGCUGCCUGGGCUGGUGCAGACGUGGCCUCCUGAGGCGGAGGAGGUUUGGUUUUUAUGACUAAGAGCUUGUGUGAGGAGGGAGGUGGAACCUUUUGUGCUGCUCUGAAUAAACUCCAGGUGUGGGCAUUCUUCUUCUGCAGCAAUUACCUUAACGUGUAGAUUCUUGCUCACAGUCUGAGGUCUUCCAGAAUAAUUCCAAAUUGCUUUGUUGGAGCAGGGAAUUUCUAACAGCAUCCCUUUUGCUAGUACCACGUAAAAUAGAAAAGGUCAAGUUACUUUAUAAGUAAUUCUGUCUCUCCAGCUGUUUUUCAUCUGAAAGUGAGACUCAUUUAUGUUUGUUGUGAAAGUGGGUCCCUCAGAGAUAAAAAUUAACUCAGGAUCAGAGAACUGCAGCCCUAGCUGUAUAUUAGCAUUCAGCAUGAGGAGUUUUUUUACCUCGUUUCAAAGUCCAGUGUCUGGUUUCACUCCCUGGUGCAGGAAAGCUCAGGUGGGGCAGCACAGGCACUACCUCUGCCUCAGGUCAGUGCUGCCAACAGCCACAGCCCAACACCCUGUUCCUCCUGAGCAAGGGCAGCUGGGACAGCACUGGGAACAGUGACAGAAAUGUCCCUGUACUUAGGACAUUCUGCUGUUUCCAGUGACCCAGUGUGGCCUGGGGAUGGUGCUGAGCAUCAUCUCUCCUACCGUGAUCUCCAUUCUGCUCAGCCAAGGACCUGCCACUCACAGCUCUGCUGAAUAAUGCUGAUUUCUCACCCCUUCAUUUAAUAGGAAGAAAAUGUUUUUCCAGGGAAUGUCACAAAGGUUCUUCUGCCAUUUGGGAUGUUCAGUUGAGCUCUGUUUAAUGCUGCUGCUGGUGUUGAGACUUUUGAUACCAAACGGGUUUUUAUGGAAGCUUUGGAUACUGGUUUUUACUGUACAACAAAUGUUCUGACUGGACUGGGAAUGCUCAGUGUGCACCCCCCAGGUGUUUGUAUGGUUUCUACAGCAGAAUGUCCUGUACCUUCUGUGUUGUCAUUUUCUAUUAUGGUUUAUACUAGAGCCUGCAUGGCUCACACUGUACUGCAGGCAAGGACUGCAUUAAAAAACCUUUUUUUGGCUAAUUUA